GUAACCGCAUUGUCAACACAACGUUUUCGGUGGGAAAAUGAUUACGAUUUCACCUUCUUUUAUAUCAUUUUCGCAUACGUCCAUGCAUGUAUUCUAAUCGUCAAAGUGGCCUGGGUGGAAGCGGAUAAUUUCCAGUCGAAUCAUUUUCAUGUUUUUCUUAAGUCGCUAUUCAAACUGGAAUUCAAAGUUCAGUAUUGUUUGCUAGCAUGCUAUCACACUAGCCGUAGGUUUGCUGCACUAUAUAACUAUAUAUUCUGACGUUCGAGUCCUCUUUCUCUGUCGUAUCGCAUUAGAAAAACAACGAGUGUGGCUGAAUAACCGGCUCGUUGGCUGGUAUUUUUAACUGCCAAGAUGCCUGAAAUCAAACUCUUACAUGUGGUGUCAUGUAGCACCGAGGACAACACACAUAAAGCUGACAACCUGCUUAGCGCGGACACGUACAGAAAGUGGAAGGCAGCCAAACCUGGAGAGAAGCAGACGUCAGUUAUUUUACAGUUCGAGAAGGAAGAUCAGAUACACAGCAUUGAUAUUGGGAAUGAAGGAUCUGCUUUUAUUGAGGUGCUGGUGGGAAAUUCCUCAGCUACCAGAGACCAGGACUAUGAGGUGCUGUUGGUUACAUCCUCCUUCAUGUCACCCACAGAGAGCCGCAACGGGACCAAUUUGAACCGAGUGCGGUUCUUUGGUCCGAAUCAGUUGCAGAAGAGUGUUGCACAGGAAAAGUGGGACAGAGUGAAAAUAGUUUGCAGCCAGCCAUACAGUAAGAACAUUGCAUAUGGAUUGGCCUUUGUGAAGUUUCACUCGCCUCCGGAUAAAAAUGACCCUCCACCAGCAAGUUCCCCCAAGCUGACAAAGCUGGGACAGUUUAGGGUAAAAGAAGAUUCCUCUUCUCCAGCAGGCAGCCUUCAACCCGGCAGUCUCUUUUUCAGUCGGGACAAUGCAGCAAAGUCCAGUGCUCCUCAGAAAGUUUCUCCUCAGAAUGAGAAGCUGAGUUAUGCUGCGGCUGCACUGGGUGUUUCCGCCUCGCAGUCAUCGUCUCCUGCUGCUUCCACCAACAUGGCGUCGCCACAGCCAGCUGCUAAAAGAAAAUUUGAGUUCUCUAAAGAAAGGCAGUCUGCCUCCGGUCCUCCGUCAAAGAAAGUCAGUCCCGGCAGCACGCCAGAGGGCAAAGCACAUACUCCCAAACCUAAAACCAGCCCAGCAAGCAUGCCGAGCCCCGGCACUGCUAAAGCCCCUGCAACACCAAGCUCUGCUGAGAAAAAGCAGGGAAGUCAAACAAAAUCAGAGCAGAAGCUCAAAACGCCAAAAACCAAAGCCAAGGCAGAGCCUCAAGUCCCUUUUAAGAAAAUCAUGGAGGGCGUGGUGUUUGUCCUCAGCGGUUUCCAAAAUCCGUCCAGAGGAGAAUUAAGGGAAAAAGCUCUAGAGAUGGGAGCCAAAUACCGACCUGAUUGGACGCCUGACUCAACACAUUUGAUCUGUGCGUUUGCGAACACGCCGAAGUACAGCCAGGUGAAAUCAGCUGGGGGUCUCAUCGUCCGGAAGGAAUGGGUAAUUGACUGUCACAAGAGGAAACAGAAGAUUUCCUAUAAACGGUACCUGAUGGAUGGGGCAGAGUCGAGCUCUGAGAGCGAAGCAGAGGACGACCAGAGUGAAGAGGAAAUGAGCACAAAGAAGCAAGAAAAACAACUCACCCCAAAAAAAACACCAGAGAAGAAAAAUGACGAUCAGUAUGCUGGUUCCACGGAUCUGGAUGAAAUGGGUGCAGAUGACGAAUCGGCUGCUGACACUGAGGACGAGCUGCAGAGGGUGGAGGCAGAGAGCAGGCAGAAGAAAGCUGCUGCCACAGGCAAGGCGGUGAAGGAAGAGGAGGAUCCUUACGGUGGCUCCACAGAUGAAAACUCCGAUGCUGAAGCAGAAGUGGACCAUCCCAUCCCAGAACUCCCGAACUUCCUGGAUGGAAAACGUUUCUUCUUGUAUGGAAAAUUUCCGAACAAUGAGAGGCGGCUACUGAUGCGGUACAUUGUUGCCUUUAACGGGGUGAUGGAGGACUACAUGACGGAGAAGGUGCAGUAUGUGGUGACCAGUGAAGGAUGGCAUGACUCAUUUGAAGAUGCGCUGAUGGAAAACGGCAAUUUGAACUUCGUGAAGCCGGCGUGGAUUUAUGCCAUCAAUGAGCGGCAAAAGAUGUUGCCUUAUCAGCCCUACUCAGUCGUCCCCUCGGCCGAGUACUGAGCUUGCUUUAUCAGUCUUCCUGCGGCUCUGUCUGAAGAUGAGGUAUCAGCACUUGCAGAUAAGACCACACUCAUCCAAGAGACGUCUUCACUCCGGUCAUUUGAUGUCCGGCCGGGUCAAACAGCCAAGAAUUAACUUUUGUCUUUUUUAUUCCGUCAAAUAUAAGUACUUGUUCGAGCUCUACUGGUUUGAAAGUCUUUGUUUAGCAUAGUCAUCUCAGAAUUUUGGUAUUUCUUCGGUUUCUAAUGAAUGAAUUAUUUUGUCAAAA